AUGGACGACCGCACCAUAGACCUGAUAUUCGCCGGCUCCCUGGAGAACCUGCCUCCGGUGAGCUCGAAGAUCGUGAGGAUCUUCACCAGCUCCACCUUCACGGAUACCACCAUGGAGAGGAACACGCUGAUGGCGAAGUGCUACCCAAAGAUCAAGGACUACUGCAGGGAGAAGCACGGCCUGGAGUUUCAAGUGGUCGAUAUGAGGUGGGGUGUAAGGGACGAAGCCACUGACGAUCACAUGACCACCGAAUUGUGCAUGAAGGAAAUUCAGAACUGUCAAAGGCUCUCAAUGGGCCCCAAUUUCGUCGUUUUCUUAGGGCAGAAGUACGGCUAUCGCCCCAUUCCAACCUACAUCCUCUCCUCCGAACUACAGAUGAUCCGCGACGAACUGGCUUCUUCCGGACACGACCCCAUCCUGAUAGACACUUGGUACAGGAAGGACAGCAACGCUGUACCCCCGAUUUCAGUCCUACAGCCUAUUUCCUCCAUCCUCAUCAACUUCAACAACAAGAGGAUCCCUAAACUCCAAGCGGAAGACCAGGCGAAAUGGUGGGACACCCUGGGAAAGUUCCAAAAACUGUUCAGGAAAGCCGCCGCGUCUCUAAAUCAACAAGGGAAGAUGGACCACGACGCCAUGCACAACUACUUCAUGUCCGUGACCGAACGAGAGGUCAUCAACGGCAUACUGAACGUUAAGAACACGAAGAAUCACUGUCUCGCUUACAUCAGGUACAUCAACAACAUCAACCUGCAGAACCUGAAGAAGGCUUCCUUGUUCGUGGACAUCAUCAACAGGAGUUUGGACACGGAAUCGACCAAGCUGCUGGCGAACUUGCGCGACGAGAGGCUACCAGCCAAGAUAGAGACCAGCAACAUACAGAAGUACACGGUGGAGUGGAUCGGAAGGGAAGGCUUGGACAACGAAACCCACGAGGAGUACCUGAAGCACUUCAUCACCCACUUUUACAAGAACAUAGUGAAGCUGGUGGACCGCGCCAUGAGAAAAGAAGAUUCCAGCGCCCAGGGACAGAUUGUGACGGAGAUCUUGCAACAUUUGCAUGCUUGCAACAACUCGGUGAAGGUGUUUUAUGGCCGAGAGGACAGCUUGGAACACAUCCGCAACUACAUGACGGGAGACUCGGACAAGUGCCUGAUCCUCUACGGCGAGGGGGGCUGCGGGAAGACUUCCCUUCUGGCCAAAUCGGCAGGAAUGUCCACCGGUAAGGACUGGUUCGCGGGCGCAAAACCGAUCAGCAUCGUAAGGUUCCUCGGGACCACGCCGGACUCUUCGGCGCUCACGCCUACUCUGAUCUCGAUCUGCCAGCAGAUCUCGUACAACUUUAUGCUGCCGUUCGAGGGCAUACCGGACGAUCUGGUGCCCCUGACGGCCCAUUUCAAGCACCUCCUAACCCUAGCCACCAAGGAGCAGCCGUUGGUGUUGUUUCUCGACUCCGUGGAUCAGCUGACGGGAACCCAAGACGCCAACAAGGUGUCCUGGUUGCCCACGAGGCUACCUCCUUAUUGCAAGAUCAUAGUAUCCUGCGCCUGCGAAGAGAGCAACCCAGAAGUGUCUAAGGAGUACCACAUCCUGAGGAGGAUGAUAGACGUCGAAGAAAACUUCAUAGAAGUUAGAGCACUCGGCGAGGAGCUGGCGAUGAGGGUGAUAAAGAUGUGGAUGGGUACCGCGCACCGAGACCUCACCAACUACCAAUGGCGUUUGGUUUCGAACGCCAUAGACAAGUGCAGCUUGCCCAUCUUCGUCAAGCUGGUGUUUGCGGAGAUCUGCCGUUGGAGGAGCUACACCAAGUCCCAAGACACGCACCUCGCCUCCACCGUGAUGGACUCCAUCAUGAUGCUCUUCGAGAGGAUAGAGAAACAGCACGGACGGAUACUGGUCUUCCACGCCCUGGCUUAUAUAACGGCCGCGAAAAGCGGCUUGUCCGAGUCGGAAUUGGAGGAUUUGAUAUCCCUGGACGACAAGGUCCUCGACGACGUCUACCAGUACCACUUGCCGCCCGUCAGAAGGAUACCCCCACUGCUCUGGACGAGGAUAAGGAACGACUUACCCAACUAUUUGUCGGAGAGGGAAGCGGACGGUGUUAGCGUCAUGAACUGGUACCACAGACAAUUUCGAGAUACGGCGAAGGAACGGUACUUCAAGAACAUGAACAUGGCGACGUAUUUUCAUUCCAUGAUCGCGGAUUACUUCCUCGGGAUCUGGGGCGGGGGCAAGCCCAAACCGUUCAAAUACACGGAAAUACAGAGACACAGGUUCAAUUUGACAGACAAAGAAGGCGUGGCCGACAGAAAGGUACCCGUACAACCCCUCGUAUUUUAUUCGAAAGAAGGAAACGUGUCCCGGUACAACCUGAGAAAGUUCGGCGAGUUGCCGUUCCACUUGGUUCGAUCCAGGCGCUUUAAGGACUUGUACGAGAACGUCCUUUUCAAUUACGAAUGGCUGCACGCCAAGCUGUCGAGCUGUCCUCUACAGUCCGUCUUAGCCGACUACGAAGACGCCUGCACUAACAUCGACAAUAAAGACUCCAAAAGGGAACUCAUGUUAGUAGCCGACGCGCUACGACUGGGAGGCGCCGUUCUGGGGCAAUACCCCAACAUGCUGGCGCCGCAACUGAUAGGACGGCUGCUGCCGGAAGUCGGCAACAACCCGAACAUAAAGAUGUUGCUGAACGACUGCGACACCAAGGGGCCGAUGCACUGUUCCCUGCUCCCGCUCUAUCACUGCCUCCACACCCCCGGAGGGCCGUUGAAGUAUUCCUUAGAAGGGCACCAGUUCGCGGUAUUUUCGAUCUGCCUCACUUCCGAUUACAGGUACGUGGUCUCCAUAUCCAACAGGUUCAUCACGUGGGACCUUUCCACCAGCGACUUGACGAGGGACGUGAACCCGAACAUCGAGGGGAUAAUGCAGCACCUGGUGCUCAGCCCCGACAACAAGUGGGCUGCCGCCUACACCAACAACAACCAGACCGUGCUCCUGAACAUGCUCUCGAGCGAAUUCGUGAUAGUCGACAACCCGUUGAGCGGCGGCAGGCCCGUCACGGGAAUAUACCUGCUGAAUCACAACCUGUUCGUCUACGGGGACGACGAAUGGGUUAAGUUCGACAUGAGGGGCAAUAGGGAGGAGGAUUUCCGGGCCCCGAUAGAUGUUUCCAACUGGCCGAUAUUGCAUAUGGAGUUUGACAACAAGUCUGAGUACAGGAUAAUAUUCUGGCGGGGUAACUUGGACGACGACAGGAUGAUGCUGUACCUGCACGCCAAAGAGGGCGAUUACGAGUACCUAAACUGUCGGUCUAUUUUCAGCGCCCUGGUGCUCGCCAGAGACAAAACCACCUUGUACACCUGUACGACGCCGGAGUGUUACGCGGUCUCGAAAUACGUCCGAGACGGGGACACGACGCAGUGGACCAAGACCGAGGAUCUACGGAGGUCGGAGAACGACGAGACGGAGAUAAUGCUGCAGCUGAAAACGGACAAGCACGACAAGGUGCUUUUCGGUACGACGAGCAACGGCUUCGUCGUGUGGGACUUCAACGAGGAGAACAAGAUCAGCGACGAGGCGAUGGUGCUCACCCUGCCCUACGGCACGAGGAACAUCACCACCAAGAUGCUCCAGUCGAAUUCUAUAAUGUUGAGCGGGUACAAGAACUACGCCAUAGCGGGGGUGAGGAAGAACCUGUACGUUUGGAGCAUGCAGACCAGGAAAUUGGUGAAGGUCCUCGACGCGCAUUUCGGGAGGAUAAUACAGUUGGAGCCGCUGACUAUAGGGAACUGGAACAGCAUGGUGACGUCCUCCAUAGACAGGACGGCUAAGGUGUGGAAUAUCAACAAUAUCUUCGAAACGGUGCACGUCAUCGACAGGCACGAGCUACAGGUGGACGCCAUAAGUUUAUCGGACAACCUGAGCUUAGCCGUCACGGCCACUCGAAACUGCGUGGGGGUGUGGGACCUCCGAAUCGGCAAGCUCGUAGCGAAACUAGCGGACAGCCCCCUAGGAGCCAUCGUCACCCACGCCAUCAUAACCCCGGACGGAAAGUAUAUUAUAUCCGCCGAGACGGGCAACAUACUCAUCUGGCUCAGACUGACGCAACAGGUGAUAUUUAAAGACGAACAGCCCGGCAUAAGACAGCUCACCCUCAUCGAGGACGGGACGAGGAUCCUGUCGAUUUCCAAGCCGAGCAACCCGCCGGGGACGGAUUUUGUCAGGACGACGGCGACCGUAUGCGUCAGGGAGAUACCCAGUGGGGAAAUGGUGUACACCUUCGAGUACCCCGUCCGUAGCACCACUGGGGUGCCUUUCAAGCAGGCGAUCGUCACCUCCGACAACCAGUAUUUGGCUAUAAUAGCUGCCGAUAAGACCAACAGGGACUGCAUUAUCGUGCACAACGCCCAGAACGGCAAUCUAGUGCAUCGGAUACCUCUGAAAGGUUGCGGGAUUAAGGACGUCGGGGGGUUGGUGGAUAUGCCGCACAAAGGCCACUUAAUCGCUGUGCUGACCACUGAUAAAGGCGCCGUUUUCGACAUAAGAAACAAAAAACACUUACGUACCGUUCCCAAGUGGGGCGGGUGCAUCACGAAAGAUGGGAAAUACGGUCUGUACGCCCCGUCUAGAGGGGGAUUGGAGCUCAUCGAGUUGAAAAAAGGCCAGACGGUCAGGACCUUCAUCCCUAAAGUGGCGGAGGGAGUCUUCACGAUCAUCUGUCUUUUUAAUAAGACAGACGAGUACGUGCUUUACUACCACAGCGGUAAGAAGACGUUGCGGGUGUUCAGGACCUCGGACGCGGAGAUGAUAGCGAAUUACAGGGUUCAAGCGGAAUUGACCGCUGUGGAGAGCACCCCUGACGGUAAAGCCCUCGUUCUGGGAACUAUAGACGGGUGCGUAUCGGUUUUGGCUAUCCUGGAUACCAACAAGAACGACAUGAAUCAGUAUCUGUCCGAGAUGCCUUCUAGGGACGAAGAGUGGAAGAAAAAGGUGAACAAGACGAGGGCCCAAACCAGAUUCAAGGCUGUCGGGUCCAUAGCGAAGCUAUCGACGAUUUUCGCAAACGAACCAGUCGCUGCGACCGAGAUCUCCGAACAGCAGGACGAGGAGUAAGCGGCCCAAUACCGGACAAGGUAAUACAUUCGAGACAGAGUCCAUCACAAAUAAAUUAAAAAUAUAACCUAAACGUAAUACUGAUGCGCUCGGCACGCCCUGGUGCUGAAACAUCUAAGAUCACAACACAGUUUUGGAAAGGUUACAAACGUCGCCGGGUGGGAGCGGAACGGGCCGCGCCCCGUGGGAGAAAUGCAAGACCUUGUAAAAACCGUGUAAAAAAAAUAAUAUUGCGUCAUAUAAAUGGGGAGAGCGGCUCGUCCCCCUCCCACGCCGGCAAGUAUCAUAAAUAUAUCUCUCAGUAUUCUCAACAUCUAAAGCUUGUCGGCUUACAUAUAUUUUUCAAAUGUAAUAAAUAAAAUUACCUAGGAAGCUAGUCUUUACAUGUUUUUUAAGCUCGAUUAUCAUGACGGGUCACCGAAAA